AAUGAGAGUCAGGCAGAACUACACAAAUCUACAUUUGGCUCAGCUAUUUAAUUGUAGUGUUGCUACAAUUGCUAACAUUAUUACAACAUUUAUUCAUGUAUUGCAUGACAUUUUAUUUAAAGACAUUAUGACAUCAAUUCCUUCUCAAGACAAAAACAAACUAUCAGCACCAUCAUCCUUUAGUCAGUAUGGAUCUUGUCGCAUAGUCAUAGACUGCACUGAUAUUGAGGUUGCAGCACCUAAACUAAUGAGUCAAAAAAAUGCAACCUACUCAUCCUAUCGUGGAAUGCAUUCAUUUAAAGUCAUUGUUGGUGUUGCACCAAACGCUGUGAUAACCUAUGUAAGUAUGCUUUACCUGGGAUCUAUUUCUGACAAAGCCAUCGUGCAGGAGUCAGGCCUCCUCAAACACUUGACCCCAGGGGACAUGAUACUUGCUGACAAGGGAUUUCUUAUCCAGGACAUUGUCCCCCAUGGAAAUAUACCACCAUUUCUGAACAAAGGAACUUUGACUGAAAGUGAGGCAAGGGCUACAAAGGCCAUAGCAAGAUGUCGAAUCCACGUCGAAAGAGCCAAUACCAGGCUGAAAGACUUUCGAAUUUUGAGUUUUAUUUCCUCUUACUUACGUUGCUAUGCUGAUGUACUGUUUCAGUUGUGUGCUGCUCUUGUAAAUUUACAAUUUCCCUUAAUAAAGGAGGGAUGUGAGGAUAUGGUAUUUGAAUAGUUUUGUUUAUGGCAUAUAAGUGAGUGUAAGAUUUCAUUUCGAAGCUGAAAUAACAUAUAAUAAUAAAUGUCAUGUUGAACUCAAGUAUAAGUGGAACAGUUA